AUGAAUAAUCAAUCACAACUUUCCCAAGAAAAAACCCAACAAAGAGACUAUCACCGAGACUGGUUUAUGAUUUAUUUAAUCGGUUUUUUUAAUUCUGUGCCGGGGAUUGCGGGUUGGAUUUUGGGGCUUGGGCUUCUCUCGUUUGUGCUAAGAGAAAACAAUUCAAAGUUUGACGAUGUUGAUGGAUUUAAUAGUUUUAUUGGCGGCGUUGGAGGCUUAGAGGUUGUUGUUAUUGUUGCCAAAA